AUGAGUUUUCCUUUGAAAUAUAUCUGUAUGUGGGUUUUUCUUAUACCCAAACCAACAGAUGGCCGAAGUGUGACAUGGUUUGAACCUACUCCGAGUAAGACAACAUCAGAUCCAAACGAAGUGCUCCUCCCUGGUAUUGUACAGGUUUAUGAAGGAUCUUCUGUCACACUGAACUGGAGCUACAGUCUGUCGGCAGGUUUAGGUCUGGGUGGUGUCGUACGAUUCAAGACUGAUUCUAUAUUCAGCUUUAGAGCAGAUGGUUCAGCUACUCCUAUUAAUGAUCAAUUUCAGGAACGGUUCAGCGCAGCCUCAACUCUUGGAAGAGCUUCUUUGAUUAUCUCCGCUGUGAAUGUUUCUGAUGAUAAGUUUUUUGGAGAAUUUAGGUGUGAGUUGGUUGACUCCAACGCUAAUCUUUGGAAACGAGCAAUUCAAGUGCAAGUCAUAGAUCCAAUAAAUAUCAGUGGAAUAAGAGGUGAACCAACCAUUCUUGAAGGGGAAAAUUUGCAGUUAAUCUGUGAAGCAUCGAGUCAAGUAGGACCAAACAUCACCUGGACCAAAGAGAAGCCUGGGAACCAAGGAAAUACUCAUGUGGUGCAAGAAGGGAAGGUGCUGACUAUAACAAACAUCAACAGGAUUGAUGCAGGAAAUUAUACCUGUACAGCAUACAAUGGCUUUGGUAAACCAGAGAGCCAAACCAUAUAUGUAAAUGUUAUUUAUCCAGUCAAGAUUGUUAAAUUUCAAACUGAGUAUAUUGUUGAUGUACAACAAAGUUUAACUCUGAACUGUCGAGCAGAAGGAAACCCUCCACCUAGUUACACUUGGAUUCCAUGUAAUGACCCAGAACAACUUUGUAACAACAAUAGUCUUGAUAUUUCACAAGUGCUUAACGAUGCCAGCUAUACCUGCAGAGUGGCCAAUUUACAUGGACAUGAUACAAAAACUGCCAUUGUUUACAUUGCAGGAAAUGUGAUUAAUGUAACCAUUGCCAUCACAAGUGAAAACUGUACAGAUGAAAAAUACAACAAAUCAUCAUUACUGAGGAAAUUGGAAGAAGAGCUUAGAAGAGCAUUUGCUGGUAAACUUGAUUACAAAAGGGUGCAGUCAAUGAGUGUUAGGUGUGGAAGUAUAAUUGUUGACCUUGGACUGAAAUUCAACUCCACUACAAAGGAACGAGAUGUUCUCAUUACACUUAAUGACGCUGUUAAAGAUGGAAAGCUGGGAGAGUUUAGUGUGGGUUCUAUAAAAGGGACAAGGCCUGAUGUGAAACCAACAAGUGGAGGUGCUACAUCAUCACCUGAUGGGUCCUCUGGGGGUACCAUAGGUAUUAUUGUUGGUGCUGUGUUUGGAUCAGUUGCUGCACUGGCUGUUGCUGGAAUAUUAGUUUGGUGGACUUGUAGGAAAAAGAGGCACAACACAAAAGGCACUGAAG